UUAAAAAUUAAAAUGUUCGACCGGAAAUUCGAGUUUGCCGUUUUGUCCCUCAGAAUUCCUAUUUCUCGAGUUUCAUCCCACUCUUUUUUUUCGUGGGUUGAUAACUCUUCGAGUUCUCCAUUCUUCUCCCCCAGUACGCUUUCUCGUGGAAGAAGCUUGAAUCUUUGGUGUUGAAUCAAGGGUUGUCCUUCUUUUGCUCAGAUCAUUCAGAAAAAAAUUCGUCAAUUGAUCUUCUGGGCUCUUAGAAAUUAGGGGGCUCUACAAGCGGGGUUGAAGGAUUUCUUGCUUUGCAAUGGAUGGAAGGCUGUCCGCAAGUGACCAGCAGAGAUUGGUCUCUUCGUUCCUUGAGAUCGCUGUCGGACAGACCGCCGAGACCGCCCGCCAGUUUUUGCAGGCGACAAGCUGGAAACUUGAUGAAGCAAUCCAGCUCUUUUACGUCGGAAGUGAAGGUGGCAUGCUUCCAUCUGCUACACACUCUCAGCCAGAAUCCAAUGAGCAUGUUGUGACCGAUCAGUCACGGGGGGGGGCUUCAAACCCUGUAAAUGAAAAUCUUACUCAAAAUGAGGCAGAUGAAGUACGUCCUCCUUUACCGGUCGUGAGAGAGACACUUUACGGCGAACCAAUGUAUUAUGGGGCUGUGAGGGCAGGAAAUUCUCGGCAUGAACCAAAUCCUUUGGUUGCAUUCCGUGACUUCAGUGAGGAGGCAAAACGCCCCGGGGUUUGGGAACCAGAUCAGGGCGCUUCCUCUGCAUCAGCCUCGGGAUCAGAAGUGGCCGCUCCUCGAGACAGCCUGGCCUCGUUGUACCGUCCUCCUUUCCACCUGAUGUUCAGUGGGUCAUUUGAACAGGCUAAAUCAGCUGCUUCUGCUCAGGAUAAAUGGCUUCUUGUGAACUUGCAAUCUACAACAGAGUUUAGCUCUCACAUGCUUAAUCGAGAUACAUGGGCUAAUGAGGCUGUUUCUCAAACCAUCAAAGCCAAUUUCAUCUUCUGGCAAGUUUAUGAAGAUACAACGGAGGGUCGGAAGGUCUGCACAUACUACAAGCUUGAAUCCAUUCCUGUGGUGCUCGUGAUUGAUCCGACCACUGGCCAAAAGAUGCGGUUGUGGUGUGGAGUGAUCGAGCCUGAGACAUUGCUCGAGGAUUUAGUACCGUUCAUGGAUGGCGGCCCUCGGGAUCAUCUUGCUUCUCUGUCUAAGAAACGACCAAGAGGCAGUUCAUUGACUCCUCAUUCAAAAACCAAAGCGGAUGUCCCGAAUGACGAAGAAGAGGAACUGCAGAGGGCAUUAGCUGCUUCAUUGGAGAACAUGGAAGAAUCAUCAGAUAAAGCAACAGCCGAAGAGAAAACCUCGACCAUGCCUGAAAAAGAGGGGACUGAUUUGUCAAACUCCAUGCCUUCAUUCCCACCACUGCCGGAAGAACCCAAGGGGAACCCCAGUGUUCUAUGCAGAGUUGGUAUUCGUCUCCCGAACGGGAAAAGGCUUCAGAGGAACUUCCUCAAAACCGACCCUAUUCAGCUUUUGUGGUCGUUCUGCAAUUCACAGCUCGAGGAACCAGAGAGGAAGCCGUUCAAGCUGACGCAACCGUUCCCAGGUGCGGCUAAGACUCUGGACUAUGAGUCUAACUUGACAUUUGAGCAAUCUGGGCUGGCGAAUUCCAUGAUCUCUGUCACGUGGCUAAGUGGUUAAUCAGAUAUCAGGUUUAAGUUAUAUCUGGCUUGGUGGUUGUAAUCUUGGACACAGAAUCUCUGUUCUUUUGUCGUUUUUUUUUUGCUGUUGAGAUGUCUAUUUUAUUACAUUCUACAUUUGGACACUUAAGUGUAUGAUCUUUCAGUCUCUUUAAUAUAAAAAUUUCAUAUC